AUGACAUACUUCAUGGGACUAAUUCCCCUUUACAGGAAAAGGGCAAGUACUCUUUCUUGUCUCAUUAUCAUGCUUUUCAGGAAUUUUCUCAUAGAAACUGCAGGACAGAUACCAUCACAAGGCUUUGGAUAUGAAUCAUAUGAGGUGACCAUCCCAAGGAAGCUAUCGCCAAGAUAUAGAGAACAAGAAAAUCAAGGUAUCACCUAUCUUUUGCAGAUUGAAGGGAAAAGCCACAUUCUCUUUCUCAGACAGAUACAGGGCUUGUUUCCUAAACAGUUUCCAGUCUUCACUUACAAAGAGGAUGGGGAACUCCAUGUGGACUAUCCAUUUGUCAGAGAUGAUUGUUUCUACCAUGGUGUUGUGCAAGGUAUUCCUUCCUCUCUGGUCACUCUCAGUACUUGUUCAGGAGGACUCAGGGGUGUUUUACGAUUUAAAUAUAAGAUGUAUGAAAUUGAACCUGUUCCAGCAUCCGUCACCUUUCAACAUGUGGUGUAUCGAUUGGAAGACAAAGAAGCUGCCACCCAUAUGAUAUGUGGGUUGACAGAGGAAGAGCAAAAACGUCAAGAGGCCAUGAUGCAGAGUGCAGAGAAUGAAGUAGCAGAAAUUGGUUCGAGAGGAAGCUGGUGGACACAUAUCAGAUAUGUGAAGUUGGCAGUUGUGGUGGAACAUGAACGAUUUGUGAAGUUUGACAGAAAUGAAACACUUACUAUUCUACAUGUUCUGAAUGUUAUCCAUACUGCAAAUUCACUGUAUGACCCAAUUCCUCUUCAGUUGUCUCUAGCUGGGCUUGAGAUCUGGUCCAUCAAGAAUCUCAUAGAAAUUGCUGACACCAUUAAUGACACACUAUUGUCAUUCACACGGUGGAGAAGAGACUCCCUUGUUCAACGUCUACAAAAUGAUGCUGGUCACUUAUUUGUAUAUAAGAGGUUUGGAACUAUACAUGGAUUGGCAUACCUAGGAACAAUUUGUGAUAAGCGUUGGGGAUCUGCUGUGGAAUCAUAUAUGACUUCCAGUUUGUUUAAUUUUUCAAACACAUUUGCUCAUGAAUUAGGGCACAUUCUUGGUAUGAAACACGACAAAAAAUACUGUAGUUGUGACCAAGAUGCCUGUAUUAUGAAUACAGUUCAAAUACUCACUGAUCAAUUUAGCAAUUGCAGUUAUAAAAAUUACUUGAAAUUAAGGAAUUCAUAUUGCCUGUUAAUUCCACCAGAUCUCAAUAAAAUUUAUACAUCCAAAUACUGCGGAAACAAAGUGAUGGAGAAAGGCGAGCAAUGUGACUGCGGUUCAAAAGCUGAAUGUGAAUUAGAUCCGUGCUGUCAAUCUAAUUGCAUUUUGCGUUCAGGUGCCACUUGUGCUUUUGGUCAAUGCUGUGCCAAGUGUCAUUAUCUUCCAGCUCAAUCCAUUUGCAGAGAGAAGAAUGGCAUUUGCGAUCUUCCUGAGUAUUGCAACGGGACUUCACAGUGGUGUCCUGAUGAUGUUUAUAUCCAAGAUGGUACCCAAUGCAGCAAUGGCGCAUUUUGUUAUCAUGGAAACUGCACUACUCAUAGUGAACAAUGUAAAACCAUCUUUGGCAACAAAGCAAAAGUUGCUUCAGAAAGCUGCUUCAGAAAAAUUAAUGUUCAAGGCAAUCGCUUUGGUAACUGUGGGAUCAGAUAUGGAAUUUAUAACAAAUGUAAUGCUGAGAAUAUCCUAUGUGGACGAAUUCAGUGUCAUGAUGUGGAUAUCUUGCCUUCUUUAGCGAAACAGAAUUCUAUCAUUCAGUCACAUGCUAGCAAUGGUGAAUGCUGGGGUACAGUUCAUCAUCGUGGAAAGGAGACAGCCGAUAUUGGAGCAGUAAAAGAUGGCACUCCAUGUGGUACUGACAAGAUGUGUAUUGAAAGGCAAUGUGUGAAUGUCUCCCUCUUGAAAAAUGACUGUGAUGUCUCCAAAUGUCAUAAUAGGGGAGUAUGCAACUCUCGCAACCAUUGCCACUGUGAUUAUGGAUGGGCCCCUCCCAACUGUCUAAAUAAAGGCAGCGGUGGCAGCAUUGACAGUGGACCCCCUGCACCACAGAAGCAUAAUAUGAGUUUUACUAGAAAACUAACUAUUCUAGGAAUUGUAUAUAUUUGUACUGUUGCUGUUGUGUGGACUGGUGUGAUUGUAUAUUUCAAGAAUAAGUUAAUAGAUCAGUUUAGAAGGCUGAGGACACAAUUUCAUCCAACAGAGUUAAAUCAGGAAGAAAGCACAUAG